ACUACAGUACCCACGUACCAUUGCGCUCUUUCACUCUCACGGUGCUCUGCGCCAGUCUGUUUGAGGAACCAGCUCUCUUGGCCUUUUUUCUGCCUUCUCACUGUUGCCUGGUGUCAACCUACGCGGAGAAGAGACAUCCCUCCCCCUUCCCCCCUUAGCGGCCGCUUCCAAUUUGCCUCUGCGCUUCUUAUCGCCGCCUCUAUUGGUUUCUGCGCUGCCAGUCAGACGCUUGUCUUUUGCUUGAGAGUUGAGUAGCAACAGCUCGGAAACAUCUGGCUGCCGCAGCUCGUCGCUCCCGCUCGCUUGCCCUGUGUCUGUGCUACUGCAGGUUGUUAUGGAGAGCUGUUGAAAGUCAAUCUAGUUAUUUUUUUCAGCCGAGAGGAUUUGACGGAGCUCCUUUGAAGGAAGAGACGGAACCUUCUUGUCUGCCAUCUUAAGGAUUAGGAUUGGUGUGGACUACCAGGCACUUAAAGUGAUUGUAUUGUUAUGUAGACAGCAUGGAGUUUCCGGACCACAGCAGACAUUUGCUCCAGUGUCUGAGGGAGCAGCGGCACCAGGGCUUCCUGUGCGACUCCACGGUGCUGGUGGGGGACGUGCAGUUCCGGGCGCACCGGGCCGUCCUGGCCUCCUGCAGCAUGUACUUCCACCUCUUCUACAAGGACCAGCUGGACAAGCGCGACGUGGUGCAGCUGAACAGCGACAUCGUGACGGCGCCCGCCUUCGCCCUGCUGCUGGAGUUCAUGUACGAGGGCCGGCUGACGUUCAAGGCCCUGCCCGUGGAGGACGUGCUGGCGGCCGCCAGCUACCUGCACAUGUACGACAUCGUCAAGGUGUGCAAGAAGCGCCUGAAGCGGGCGGGCGCGGCCGAGCCGGGCCGGGGCGAGGAGGACGGCUCCAGCUGCUCGGACAAGGCCGACAGCCUGUCGGAGGGGAGCGGGGGCCGGGCCGCCGCCGACCUGCUGCCCAGCGACGAGGACGAGGCGGAGGCCAAGCGCGGGCUGUGGCUGAGGCUGCCCUGCGAGGCCCCGGCGGGGGAGAGCGACGCCAAGCGCUCGCCCGCCCCCAGCCCCUGCAGCUCCGCCGGCUCCCUGUCCCGCCGCGUCUCCUCCGACGCCGACUGCGUGCUCGACCUGUCCGUCAAGUCCGGCCUGACGGGCGGCUCCGGGGAGCCCCUUCCCGGCAACCCCUUCUUCUGCGGCCCCGCGGCGGCCGCGCCCGAGCUGGUGCAGGUGAAGGUGGAGCGGGAGGCCCCGUCCGACGAGGACGAGCUGGGCCGGGACUACGAGCACGCCGACCACGGCCCCAAGGAGGCCCCGCCCAGCGCCAACGGGGGCCUGCCCCGCCGCCUGGGCUACGAGGCGCAGCUGGCCGCCCUGUCGGGGGAGCUGGAGCGCGAGGAGAAGGCCAGCGAGGACGAGGAGAUGCUGAGCCCGGACAGCGAGCGCGCCCAGGCCGACCCGCCCGGGCUGGACGGGGCCCUGCUGCCCUACGUCUCCAACAUGCUCACCAGCGCCCCCCACGGGCAGAUCUUCAUGUGCCCCCUCUGCAGCAAGGUGUUCCCCAGCCCGCACGUGCUGCAGAUCCACCUCAGCUCGCACUUCCGCGAGCAGGAGGGCUCGCGCGCCAAGCCGGCGGGCGACGUCAACGUGCCCACCUGCUCCAUCUGCAGCAAGACCUUCUCCUGCAUGUACACGCUGAAGCGCCACGAGAGGACUCACUCCGGCGAGAAGCCCUACACCUGCACCACCUGCGGGAAGAGCUUCCAGUACUCGCACAACCUGAGCCGGCACGCCGUGGUGCACACGCGCGAGAAGCCGCACGCCUGCAAGUGGUGCGAACGGCGCUUCACGCAGUCCGGGGACCUCUACCGACACAUCCGCAAGUUCCACUGCGAGCUGGUCAACACGCUGUCCGUCAAGAGCGAGGCGGCCCUCAGCCUGCCCAACGUCAGGGACUGGGCGCUGGAGGACAGCUCGCAGGAGCUCUGGAAGUGAGCCGCACUCCU